GCUCUCCUUCACAUUCCCAUUCGGACUACUGCCACGAUGAGGCCAAACGCAGUUUGGAGGAACAACACCUCAUAUACCGUCUGGGUAGUCUCCAGCCCCUUGUCACAUGCAGGACUGGACGCGCAAGUACACGCUGCACAGUACCCCGAACAACAACAAGAAGCGGAAAGUCUCGCUGCUCUUCGAUCACCUGGAGCCGACGGAACUUGCGGAGCACCUGAGCUACCUGGAGUUCAAAUGCUUCUGCCGGCUGUCGGAGAAGGGGCAAAAGCAGGUUACUGGCGCCUUAAAACCAGUCGCUUCGGGCAGAGGGGGCUCAUCUGGGAGCGGGAGUACUCUGAUCUCAAACCUCCGCUGCCUUGCCAAUACACCCCCACUCUUGGAGAGGGCUUCGGGAGUGAAAAAUCCGAGGCAGUCCUACGUCGAGUUCAACGCUGACCGGCAACUCCUGCGAGGCUGCUGGCACCGAACUGUAUCGGUCUCCGCCGUUCCUUCGGGUCCAUCGGCUGCGUGGGGAGGGGGUGCUUGCCACACGGGCAACAGCUUGCCCUUCACAUUGUACUGUCCCGGCUUGGUCAUCACGUAAGAUAGGGUACAAUAUCCACUGCCAACCCCGAUCACCAGGCCUCACUUCGCAGCAGAGGAGUGAGGCUCAGACCAGAAGAUCCCUCGGGGCCCGAGAACCUUUGCUUCUGACUAAUAGCCUCACAAAGAAACCAGAUACAACGGAGUCACUGUGAGUCGGUUGUUCCAUACUUUACGGAGAUGACGUUACCCUUGAAGUGUAAGACUGCAUUUUAAUCUUCAUUUUCACCCUAACCCUCAUUUUCAUUGGGAGUUUCGGGGGGGGAGGGGAGAUUUGAUACGUCACCAGAGAAUCUAGCAAAUUUCUACUGAUGAGCCACGGAGAGCAUUUUAACCCCCACCUCCACCUUCCCCCCACCCUGUACGGAGGCUCCAAUGAGAAGGAUUGAAAGGGUUGCAGGCUGCGCCUCCUCCAUCACUCGCCACGACGGCGGUGCCCCGAGAAGGCGGCGUCCAUCUUUAAGGACCCUCGACACCCAGGGAGUCUUCUCCUUGCUACCAUCGGGGAGGGAAGCACAGGAGCCUGGAGACCCACACUCAACGUUUUGGGAACAGCCCUCUCCCCUCCCCCCGCGGAUUUCCGAACGGUCCAUGAACAGUGCCUCGUUAUCAGGGCGUCUGUGCCAAGCUGAGGCCACCCUCAGGGUGGAGGGACCACACCUUAUAUUCCGUCUGGGUAGCCUCCAAACUGUUGGCAUAAGUACCAAUUUCUCCUUCUGGUAAUCUCUGCACCCCUCCCUUCUUCUAUUCCCCACCCUUCUCACCUGCCAAUCACUCCCCCCCCCCUCCUUUUCCCCUUUCUCCCUCUUCCCUAUUCUAUUCCUCGCUGUGGCCUCUUACCUCGUCUCCUCACCGACCCAUCACUGGUGCCCCUCCUCCUAUGGUCCACUCUCCUCUCCUAACAGAUUCCUUCCUCUCCAGCCGCCGACCUUUCCCGCCCCCCCGGCUUCACCCAUCACCUUCCAGCUAGCCUCCUCUCUCCCCACCCCCACACCUUUUUAUUCUGGCAUCUUCCGCCUUCCCUCCCAGUCCUGAAGAAGGGUCUUGGCUCAAAAUAUCUUCACUUCCACGGAUGCUGCCUGACCUGCUGAGUUCCUCCAGCACGUUGUGCACGUUGCUCUGGAUUUCCAGCACCUGCAGUUAAUUUUUUCUCCCCAUGUUUCACCUCAUUAAUUUCCUCUUUUUGCAUUAUUCCUUCCCCCCCCCCCAACAAAACAUUUCAGCUCGUAGUAAAGUUUUACUUAGAGUACUGCACUGAACUGCUCCCCAGAACAACAAACUUCUCGAUAUAGGCCACUGACAAUAAGCCCAUUUCUGGUUAUUAAACCACUGUCCCGCUCACCCUUUCGGGAGCUGCGCCUCACAGUCUGUUUGACUACAGACGGCAUCGCUUGACAUCCAUCCACGCAAAAAAAGACUUCAAUGGAGGUUGCUAGGCUACAGACAGAAACAGUCUCAAUCCAGGAAGUGGUUUGUAAGAAUCGUGUGAGCCAUGGGUAAAAUGAAUAGCUGGAGUUUUUUCCCCUGGGGUGGGGGGGGGGCAUCCAAGACUAGAGGACAUAGGUUUAAAGUGAGAGGGCGAAUAGAUUGGAAAGAAGGGAGGGGGAAGUGCUUUCCAUACGGAGGGCGGCAGGCGCGUGGGGUAAACUGACAGGAGAAGUGGUUGACGUGGGUACGAUUCUGACAUUUCAAAGGGAGUUGGGCAGGUACGUAGAGAGGAAAGUUUUAAAGCAGGGUUUCCCAACCUGGGGUCUACGGAUGCCUCGGUUAAUGGCAGGGGUCUGAGGUAUUAAGAUGAAAGUAGGGGGGCUGCCGGUUUGGAGGGACAUGGGCCAGGUGACCACUUCAGUUGGCAACUUCAGGACGGCACGGCAGAGUAGUGGUGAGCAGUACAGAUGACCCAGGUUCGAUUCCCGCCACUGCCUGUAAGGGGUUUGUGCGUUCUCCCCGUGACCGCGUGGGUUUCCUCCCAUAGUCAAAAUUGGCCAAUUCAAAUUUCCCCCCGUGGUUAAACUCAGAUUAAGCCAGGGGUUCGCUGGGCAACGCAAAGGGCCGGUUCCGUUCUGCGCUCAUCUCAAUUUUUUUUAAAUUGGCUGGUAUGGAGCAAUUGGGCUCAUGAAAAUAUUUUUCUUACUUUUUUUUAAAAAAAAAGUUUUACUCCAGCCUUUGACACACAAGCAGCUGCUGUUAAAACAUUUCAUUCAAAACUACCUUGGAAAAAUCUACAUCGGCACUUUUUAUUAUACAAGGACCACCUGCAAUCGACUUCCCAUUCUUCUGACCAUCAGCCCAGAAUCGGUGUGAACUCUGUAAUCCGUCCCUUUUUAAUUGUGAGCUCCUUCUGUAUUCUGAUGAACCUCAAACCUCCUUUAAGGAAUGUGACCUCCCACUUUCCCCACAGUCCCAAUAAAACCCUCUGCAGUCCAGACACAGUUUUUAGGUGAAAGUACAGUGGGGGAAGAGAGAGGGGAA